CCCGUGUUUGCGCUCUGUCCGCACAAACCUAUCUUCGGCAUAACUUACAUUCACUACAUGGGGGGAAAAAUGGCAGCUGACGAAUAGAGAAAAGUGGAUCUUCAGUCGAAAAACGGUCGACACUCGACAAACCCACACAGGUUUCACGCCCGCACUUUGAUUUUCACACGAGUGUCACGACUGGUCGUCUGUCAUCAUGGGAAAAACUCCAAUAAAAGAUCAGAAAGACAGCAGAAAAGACAAAGCAGGAAGACCAGUUCCACCAACAGGAAGUACACCUGCUACAAGUAAAGAUGCUUUCAGCUGGGAAGAAUAUCUAAAAGAAACUUCAGCUUUACCUGCUCCACCGAGCUGCUUCCGACAGGCCAGAAUCCCGCCCUCUAACGACUUCAAAGUGGGGAUGAAGCUAGAAGCUCACGACCCGCGCAAUUCCACGUCAGUGUGCAUCGCCACGGUGAUGGGUUUAACCGGGGUUCGUCUGCGCCUCCGUCUGGACGGAAGCGACAACAGCAACGACUUCUGGAGGCUGGUGGACUCGUCCGACAUUCAGCCCAUCGGCACCUGCGAGAAGAACGGAGACAUGCUGCAGCCGCCACUGGGUUUUCGGAUGAACGCAUCGUCGUGGCCCAUGUUUCUGCUGAGAACCUUAAACGGAGCAGAGAUGGCUCCAGCUACAGCCUUUAAAAAGGAACCUCUGAGGCCGCCGCAGAACAGCUUCAAGCCUGGCAUGAAGCUGGAGGCCGUGGACAAGAAGAACCCUCACCUCAUCUGCCCCGCCACCAUCGGAGAAGUGCGAGGCGACGAGGUCUUCGUCAUGUUCGACGGGUGGCGCGGGGCCUUCGAUUACUGGUGCAAGUUGGAUUCCCGGGACAUCUUCCCUGUGGGCUGGUGCUCCCUCACCAAACACAGCCUCCAGCCUCCGGGCAACAGUGUCACUCUUCCAAAGAACAUGCAGACUCUCCCGGCCUCUCCGUCCAAACCCAGCCGACGCUCCAUGCACUCGCCAUACAGACUCCCCAACCCUCUGCCCGCGCUGCCCGUCAGGAAGGGCGUACGGGGCCGUCGGCCCAAGAGCGAGACGCUCGCGCUGCUCAAAGCCGUGGCCGAAGCGGCGGCGGCGCAAAACGGAGGCGUGACCGAGGACACGCAGCUCGUGCCGAGGCCUCACAAGAAGAGAGGACCCAAACCUGGAAGCAAAAGAAAAUCCAAGAUCCUCCAGGGAGCUCUGCCCAGCAUCCAGGUCCCACACGAGAGUUCUUCCAGUCUCAGCUCAGUGGUUUCAACAGUGUGUGUUUAUGUGAACAAGCUCGGAAGCUGUGGUCCUCACCUGGACAGGAAGCAGAUGCAGCGACUCCCUGACCACUUUGGUCCUGGACCAGUGAACAGCGUCCUCCAGCAGGUGGUGCAGUCCUUCAUAGACUGUACUUACCAGCCUAAAGUCCUGCUGCUGGCUCUGCAGACUCACUCUGGAGGGGGAGAGGUUGUCAGAGUGAGGACGGACGGUGGCGUCCGCAUGGUCAAACUGCCCUCCGCCUCCAGUGCUUCCUUUGUGCUGCGCUUCUUGGAGACGAUGUGUCGCCACCUACAGUGUGACAACCUGUUCAGCAGUCAACCGUUCAGUCACUACAGCGCCUACGACAGGAGCAAGUCAGUGAAAGAGGAGGCGUUGGACGCUCCCUCUCUGGCUCGGGCCAGUAAACGCAGUCUCUCUGGAGUUUCUCCACCUCACGCUGCUCCUCUGUCUCCUAAACAUUUACGCACGGAGGCUCAUCCUUCAGAAGCAGAGACUCUGCCUCACGAGGAGAGUGGCCUCAUGAAGGAGCAGCGCUACAUGGACUCAGCCUCCAACUCAAUGACUCCUCGUCCUCAGACGGUCAGGAGUGUCUCAGACUUCCACUCUCAGUCCAGCGUCCUCUAUCACCCGGGCAACAGCACGCCCAUGCGCCGCCUGUCCUCCAACGCCACGGAGCUGAGCUCGUCACAGCCCCUCAGACGAGUGGAAGCAGCCAGCUCCACCACUGGUCCUGAGGUGUCUGUGUCUGAGCAGUUGUCCACUAACAACCCCUCGUCCUGGUCCAUAGAGGAGGUGAUGCAGUUUGUCAGAGACGCUGACCCCACAGCGUUAGCGCCACACGCUGAACUCUUCAGGAAACACGAGAUCGAUGGAAAAGCUCUGAUGCUGCUGCGGAGCGACAUGAUCAUGAAGUACAUGGGUCUGAAACUGGGGCCGGCGCUCAAGCUGUGUCACCACAUCGAGCGGCUCAAACAGGGCAAAGUGUGACGGGAGCGCCCAGAGCCGCCGUGAGCCAAUCAGGAGGCGGGCGCUCGGACGCUGACCCGUGGGUCAAAGCGGGCACUCAACCUGUCGUCUCUCCGGACUGAGAACACGCUCAAACCUUUCGUCCAGAGCGGAGGACGCUCGCUGCGCAGCGCUGACGUUACCUCAUCCUGUCAUCGGACGCCGCCGCCGAAAUCCCAAAGGAAGAGCGAAUCCUCGCAGUGUUUACAUCCAUCAGCACGCUCACGCACGCACGUGGAGGAGGCGUGGCUUUGUUUUUAACUGACAUGAAAUCCUGGAUUUGAUUCCCAAAGAUGGAGAUUCAUUUUUUUUUUCUUUUCGUGUAACGUUGUUUUUAUUCCUAUUGAAUAUUUCCAGUUGGAAAGUUUCCCACCGUUGCUGUUUUUGACGCCCGACCUUGUUGGCGUUUCUCUCCGGUCGGUGCAUUCCACUUAUUUUUCAUUAAACCCUCAGUAUCGUGUGAAGAAUCACCGUUUUUUCGCCG